AUGAAAUCUAUUUUCUUUGUUCUGUUCGCUGUGGCCCUGAGCCUGAACCUUCACUCGGAUGCUUACUAUGAGAAGCUUUUCCAAACUUUCGAAGCUAAGUAUGGAAAGAACUACCUCAGCUCUGAGAGAGAGUACCGCAAGAAGGUGCUUGCCUACAACAUGGACUGGAUCGAGAAGUUCAACAGUGACGAGCACUCUUUCACUCUGGGAAUGACUCCCUUCGCUGAUAUGACCAACACGGAGUUCGCUACCUCGAAGCUCUGCGGAUGCAUGAAGAAGCCCUUGAACCACAAGCAGGCUCGUGUGCUUAACAACAUGGCUGUGGAGUCCAUCGACUGGAGAGAAAAGGGAGCCGUGACCCCUGUGAAGAACCAGGGUUCUUGCGGAUCUUGCUGGGCUUUCUCUGCUACCGGAGCUCUGGAGGGAGGAAACUUCGUUGCCACCGGAAAGCUGGUGUCUCUGUCUGAGCAGCAGCUUGUGGAUUGCGAUACUGAGGAUGCUGGAUGCGGAGGUGGUUUCAUGGAUACCGCUUUCGAGUACGUCAUGAAGAAGGGUCUGUGCACUGAGGAGGACUAUCCUUACCACGCUAAGGACGAGGAUUGCAAGGAUGACCAGUGCACCUCUGUCAUUUCUAUCACUGGAUAUGAGGAUGUUCCUGCCAACGAUGGUGUUGCUCUUAAGCAGGCUCUGACCAAGGCCCCCGUGUCUGUGGCUAUUCAGGCCGAUUCCUUCGUCUUCCAGAUGUACACUGGAGGUGUUCUGGACUCGGAUAUGUGCGGAACCUCUCUGAACCACGGAGUGCUCGCCGUCGGUUAUGCGAAGGAGUACAUUAUUGUGAAGAACUCUUGGGGUGCUUCUUGGGGUGAUAAGGGAUACGUGAAGAUCGCUCAUAGAGAUCAGGGAGAGGGUAUCUGCGGUAUUAACAUGGCCGCUUCCUACCCCACUUUCUAAAUGACUAGCGGUUUGGUAGCA